AUGGACUCAAAUCUGGCCAUCGAGGAGCUAUCGCGUCUGGACGCGACUAUACACGCCCAGGAGACCGAAACGCGCAAAUUGAAACGACAAAGGAACAAGCUGGUCGCUAUCGCCCGACUGCCCCCAGAGGUUCUGGGAAGGAUAUUUCUCUUCCACAGGGACCACAUGCUGGUGACCCCGUCUUCCAAAAGAACUCUUUUCUGGAUUUCGGUCACUCACGUUUCUCACGUUUGGAGGAAUGUCGCUCUGAGCUGCCCUCAGUUAUGGUCCAUCAUCCACCUCGAUCGAAUGAACCCUUUCUUGACAAGCUUAUUCUUCGAGAGGUCGAAAAAGGCACCUUUGUCCAUCAAAAUCACCGAAAAACCCGUGGGGGCCGAGAAGAUUCUCAUUCGCAGCUUGCUCGCUGAGCCUGAUCGCCUCCGAAGUCUGGAAGUGCGGUCCGGGAAAUAUGAAGAACUCAUACAACCGUUGUCCACUGUAGCCGCACCCUUGCUCGAGAAAUUCAUAUAUGCCCCGGCCAGCGGGCGCGCUUCUCACAAUACCUUGAAUGUGUUCAGCGGUGGUACCCCUCGAUUGCGACACUUGGAACUGUGUGACAGAACAUCGCCUUGGACCUCCAACUUGUUCACGGGACUUACGGUCAUCAAGGUCAAGAUCACGUCUCGGGUCGCCUUCGACUCUCCGGCCUUCAUUCGCGCAAUGAAAAGCUGUCCAACGCUACGCCACCUCUCCAUCAGACAAGCCCACUCCAACCUCAGCGCGACCUCACACGUCGAAACGGUCCCUCUUCCUCAACUCGAAGAUUUGGAUCUGUUGGUCUCGAUUCAGCAUUGCAUGCAACUUUUACCUUGUAUCUCCUUCCCUUCCCUGAAGGCCCUCAAACUCGAACUCCGAAGUUGCGACUUCAACCACGGUGACUACGCCCCGACGGUCAAGCGCCUCAUGACCCUAAUCGCCACUUCAUGGUCGGCAGGUAGCGCCACGAUCCCUGUAGUCAGGGCUCUUCAGUGCCUACAGACACGUAAUUCCCUUCGUAUGGAAACAUGGUCAGAAGAGAGCGACACGGAAGAGCUCAUUGCACAGCCGGGGUUAGAGAAGCGACCGAAACCGACCCUCUCCCUAGAACUCGUCAGCACCCAAGUUCAUCCGCAGUGGGUUUCACAACCAUUACCUCUCCUCCAGUCGCUCGAUUGCAAAGAACUUGAAUAUGUCGCCAUCAACUCCCCUCUAGAAGAAUUCGUCGUGGAGUUUUUAAGCGACCUACAGGCUUUGCGGUCCAUCAGCAUCUGGGAGCGGGGCGCCCGCAACUUUUGCGACUACUUGAUUCGUAACGCAGUCCGCAGCUUCCCAAAACUCGUAGACUUCACGCUCAACUCUAUCAGUAUUUCGACCAACGGCGGCAUCCCCCUCUCCGCUCUGGUGGAUCCUUUGAAGAGACGGCGAUCUCUGAGCAAGAUGUCGAGCGAUGCAAAGAUGCCGCAGAAACUGUUGAAAGGCAAGACAUUCGCCCAUUUUCAAGAUUCAGAGGUCAGCUAUCGCCGGACCUAG